AUGUCCCGCUUGCCAGUCAUGACAAGCAAGAGGGUCCUCACAAGCAGCAGCAGCAGCAGCUCCGAGAGCAUUCAGGACCUCCAGGCGCCUGCUCAGAAGAGGAUCCGUAAAGACCCAGAUCAUGUUAAACCAAAGGCGGCAGCAACAAUCAUUGGUGCCAAGCGGCCUACUGUUGCAGCAUCCAGGGCGCCUAUUUCUAGGCCGGUCCGAGCAGCAGCUGCUACAGUGGCUGUUGCUCCUUCCAGAGGUGUCCUGAAGCCGUCUUUAGCUUCAGCUGCUGCAAAAGGAGGAAACAUGAAACAAACCGGAUCCACUGGCACCAAAACAGGUGCCGCCCGCCGGCCUGCUUGGGACCUGAAGGGAAAGGUCAGCGACAUGGAGGGUAAGCUUAAUAACUUCCAGAGCAAAGUCAAAUCUGUCAACCAGGAGAACGAAUCUCUGAAAGGCUCGAUGGCCCAGAGCCGGUCAAGAAUGAUGGAAAUGGAGAGCAAGCUUGAGAAGCAGAAGAGCCAGAUCAGUGAAUAUGAGGAAGAGCUGCAGGCGCUGUCGGGGGUCAGGGAUGAGUUGGAGAAAGUGUCGAGUGAUAAGAACACUCUUCAAAAAGAGUUCUCCAACUUAGAGGGAAAAUACAAGGUCAUGGAGACUCUUAGUGAUAGCCAAGAGACAGAGCUACAAACUCUCAAGAUGAAGCUUUCAGUACAGGAAUCCACUCUGACUCGUGUGCAGAACACCCUCAAAGACACAGAAGAAGAAGUUUGCUCUCUCAAAGACACUGUGGCUCAACAGAAGGACGAGCUUCACGCUGGUGAGAUGGAGCGCCGACGUCUCCACAAUACGAUCCAGGAGCUCAAGGGCAACAUCAGGGUCUUUUGCAGAGUGCGCCCACUGGUGGAUGGAGGCCUCAGCAAACACAUCCAGCUCCUUGACAGUGACAACAAAUCAGUAACACUGGCCAAAACUGAGGAGUCUCACACAGGCAAAACUGGUGACACUCAAAAGAAUUACAACUUCAGUUUUGACCGUGUUUUCAGGCCCGAGACUCCACAGAAGGAGGUGUUUGAAGAGAUCUCCCUCCUGGUGCAGUCAGCACUGGACGGCUACAACGUCUGCUGCUUCGCCUACGGCCAGACAGGAAGUGGAAAGACGUACACCAUGGAGGGAGACGAGUAUGACGACACCAGAGGUGUCAUUCCCAGAGCUGUGCAGCAGAUCUUUAAAGCAGCAGAGAAGCUGGAAGCACAAGGCUGGGAGUUCACCUUCACUGCAAGUUUCGUUGAAAUUUACAACGAGACCCUUCGGGACCUCCUUUACACCGGAAAGGCCAGCAAGAGACCCGAGCAUGAGAUCCGCAAGUCAACCAACAACGAGAUUUCAAUCACCAACCUCACCUAUGAGAAGGUCUCCACCGAGGAUCAGGUUCUCGGCUUGAUAGCUGUGGCCAACCAGAAUCGCUCCACUGCCCAGACAGCCCAGAAUGACCGCUCCUCUCGCUCCCACUCAGUCUUCCAGCUGGACAUCGAGGGAGUGAAUGCUGGCAGAGACGUCAAAUGCAAAUCCACUCUGUGCCUGGUGGACUUGGCUGGCAGUGAGCGAAUGGCAAAGAGUCAGUGCCAAGGGGAGCGCUUUAAAGAGAUGACUGCAAUCAACAGCUCCCUGUCCAACCUUGGCAUCGUUAUUGCAGCACUGGCCAACAAGGAGAGCUUCAUUCCCUACAGGAACUCCAAGCUUACUUACCUUCUGCAAAGCUGUUUGGGAGGAAACAGCAAAACCCUGAUGUUUGUUAACAUCGCUCCAGAGCCAGAAAGCUUUGGGGAAACUCUCAACUCCCUGAGGUUUGCCAGCAAGGUGAACGACUGUGUUAUUGGAACUGCAAGUGCCAACAGGAAGUAGAGUCACGUCCAGAGGCAGUUAGCUAAUAUUUUUAUUACACAUUUUUAAAAUAAGCGAUGACUUAUUUUAAACUUAUUUUAUGCUUCA